CGCAGAACUGCAAAACCUCGCAGAGGGCUGCGUCUCCGACUCAAACAGCAGAGUCGGUAAAGACAGAGCACAUAUCUGAACCACUGGGACACAGAGGUAAUAAAGCCACAUCUUUAUCAUGAUGCUACCUUUGGCUCUGGUGUUUGCACUCACCCUCCCCAUCAUCAGGGCUCAGGUUCCCCACUGGGGCCCGUGUCCAGAGCCUGCUGUUCAACCCGCCUUCAGCCUUAAACAGUUCAUGGGGAGAUGGUUUGAAAUUGCCAAACUGCCAGCCCAGUUUGAGAAAGGCCGCUGCAUUGAAACCAAUUUCACUUUGACGACGAGCAACUCCAUUCGAGUGGUCAGCUCUGAAAUACUAAAAGGAGAGGUGAGGAAAAUCGAAGGGAUCGGGGUCGUAGAGGAUAUAAAGAAUCCAGCCAAGCUGGGAAUAAGUUAUUCUUACGUCCUUCCCUACUCCCCUUAUUGGAUCCUGUCUACUGACUACGUGAACUCGGCCUUGGUGUAUUCAUGCACUGACAUCCUCAGGCUCUUCCACGUCGACUUCGCCUGGAUCCUGGGGCGAACACGCACCCUGCCAGAAUCCACCAUCGAGAAGGCCAAAGAGAUCUUUGCAAACAACAACAUCGACGUGAGCAGGAUGAUCCCCAGCAGGCAGUUGGGCUGUGAAAAAAUGCUGUGAGCAGCGACAUGGCAACACAAAUGCAACACAGCAUAAUGUUGCUGUCGACAGAAGGGGGUAAAUUAUCCGAGUGUUUGUUUGCCUCGAUGAAUCUACGAUUAAUAAUUUACGGUGAUUGUUUCCAGCAGGAUAAACUCAACUAGUUUCUCUGUUUUCUCCAGUUUUUACUUUGCACAACACCGACUGUGACAGUACAAGUUGAGAGGAAUACUUUCCGUGUUAAGAGAAAUGUUUUAUUCGCUGCGAGCAGAUGAUUCUGAGUAAUCUGAACACAAACUCAAAACAUGAAGGAUCUAAUUAGUGUCGAAAAAAGUUAGUGAAUCUCAUUUCAUGUGAUCUUUACUGUGUUUUUAAUGAAAUCAGCGUGCUGCACUGAAGCCUUCAAUACACACAGAAACUGAUUUGAAAGUUGAAAAGUGUGUUGCUUUAUCUGUAAAACGACGACAACUAAAGGUUACGUAUUUAAAAUAGCGUCGAUGUUUGAAGUUUACCAUCUGUUUAUGCUUUCUAAGUGUUUUAACUGUUA